AUGGAAAAUAAGAACCCAGAUCUUGUCAAUUCCCCGUUAAGAGAAGAAAGUCAGAGGCUGGCUUUGGUUGCCAAAGGAGAAAAGCGGAAGGAGAAGAGAAGAAAGAAAAAGGAAGAGCAAAGAAGAAAACUAGAAGAAAUUGAAGCAAAAAAUAAAGAGAACUUAGAACUCCAAGCUGCUCAAGAAAAAGAAAAGCAUAAAGUUGAAGAUGAGCCUGAAGUCUUGACAGAGCCCCCAAGUGCCACAACCACUACUACUAUAGGUGUAUCUGCAACCUGGACAACUUUGGCAGGUUCCCAUGGUAAAAGAAAUAAUACCAUAACUACAACCAGUUCAAAGAGGAAAAACAGGAAAAAUAAAAUUACUCCAGAAAACGUUCAAAUUAUAUUUGAUGAUCCAUUACCAAUCUCAUACAGUCAGCCAGAGAAGGUGAACAGAGGAGAGUCAAAAAGUAGCAGUACCAGCGACAGUGGGGACAAUGGUAACAUGAAGAUUUCCAGCUGCAGUGAUGAAAGUAGUAACAGCAAUAGCAGCUGAAAAAGUGACAAUCAUUCACCUGCUGUGGUUACUACCACUGUGACCAACAAGAAACAGCCAUCAGUUCUGGUUACAUUUCCAAAGGAGGAGAGAAAAUCUGUUUCUGGCAAGGCUUCAAUAAAAUUGUCAGAGACUGUCAUUAAAGUGACCAGUAAUUCUCUAUCCACUUGCACAAAAUUGGGUCCAUCUCUCCUUUCUUCUCCAAAUGGGAAGUUAACUGUAGCAAGUCCUAAGCGAGGACAAAAGAGGGAAGAAGGAUGGAAAGAAGUUGUAAAAAGGUCAAAGAAAGUAUCUGUUUCAUCAACUGUGAUAUCCAGAGUGAUUGGAAGAGGAGGCUGUAAUAUUAAUGCUAUUCGGGAGUUCACGGGUGCACACAUAGACAUUGAUAAGCAGAAAGACAAGACAGGAGACCAGAUAAUAACUAUAAGGGGUGGCACUGAAACAACAAGACAAGAAACUCAGUUGAUCAAUGCUCUGAUCAAGGAUCCAGAUAAAGAAAUUGAUUAACUUAUUCCAAAGACUCAUUUGAAAAGCUCAGUAAAUUCCAAAAUAGGGUCCUCAGCACCUACCACCACUGCUGCUAUAAGUUCCUUAAUGGGAAUUAAAAUGACGACUGUAGCUCUGUCAUCAACAUCUCAAACUGCCACAGAACUCACUGUGCCUGGAAUUUCUUCUGCAUCUACUCACAAAACCAUUAAGAACCCAGUGAAUAAUGUGAAGCCUGGUUUUCCAGUUUCUCUUCCAUUAGCAUAUCCUCCUCUACAGUUUGCACAUGCUUUGCUUGCUGCUUAGACUUUCCAGCAGAUCCGUCCAGCCAGGUUGCUCAUGACCCACUUUGGAGGUACUUUUCUACCAGCUCAAUCCACUUGGGGUCCUUUUCCUGUCAGGCCUUUGAGCCCUGCCAGAGCUACUAACUCACCUAAGCCUCACAUGGUGUCUUGCCAUAGCAAUCAGGAUAGCAGUGGUUCUCAGGUGAAUUCAGCAGGUUCUUUAACUUCAAGUCCAACAACUACAACCAGUUCAUCAGCUUCAACGGUGCUUGGUACACCUACAAAUGGCAGUCCAAGUUCACCUUCUGUCAGAAGGCAGCUUUUUGUCACAGUUGUGAAGACAUCCAAUGCCACCACCACAAUGAUAACAACCACAGCAAGCAACAACAGCACUGCACCCACAAAUUCCACAUAUCCCAUGCCGACUGCCAAAGAACAUUACCCAGUAUCAUCCCCAUCUUCCCCAUCACCACCAGCUCAGCCAGGAGGGGUUUCUAGAAAUAUCCCUUUGGAUUGUGGAACAGCAUCUACAAAUAAAGGGGCAUCUUCCUCGGAACAGGAAGCAGGUAGUCCUCCAGUAGUAGAAACAGUAAAUAGUUGACCUUCAAACAGCAGCAGUUCUGGGAGUUCAUCAGUUCAUUCUGUUCAGCAACAAACUCCAGCAUCUGUUUCUCAGGAGCCAAGACCACCUCUUCAGCAGUCUCAGGUUCCUCCUUCGGAGAUUAGAAUGACUGUUCCUCCUUUAGCAACAAGUUCUGCUCCGGUGGCAGUGCCUUCUACUGCCCCAGUGACUUACCCAUGCCUCAGGACGCAAAUGGGAUGCUCCAAGCCUGCUCCUAAAAUGGAAACCCCUGCUAUUAGACCACCCUCUCAUGGUACAACUGCCCCUCAUAAGAAUCUAGCUCCAGUUCAGAAUUCAUCUGUUGCAGUCCUCAGUGUCAAUCACAUUAAAAGACCUCACAGUGUUCCCUCUUCUCUUCAGCUAUCUUUGACCUUAAGUACACAAAGUGCUUGUCAAAAUUCAGUACAUCCAGCAAAUAAGCUUAUUGCUCCCAAUUUUAGUGCACCCUUACCAUUUGGGCCCUUUAGCAUAUUGUUUGAAAACAGUCCUACUUCUCAUGCCUCCUGGGGAGGAUCAGUUGUUUCAUCUCAGUCAACACCAGAAUCUAUGCUAUCAGGAAACUCCUCAUAUUUGCCAAAUUCAGAUCCUUUACAUCAAUCUGAUACUUCCAAAGCUCCAGGUUUUAGACCACCAUUACAGAGACCUGCUCCAAGUCCCUCAGGUAUUGUCAAUAUGGACUCGCCAUAUGGUUCUGUAACACCUUCUACACAUUUGGGAAACUUUGCCUCAAACCUUUCAGGAGGUCAGAUGUAUGGGCCUGGGGCACCCCUUCGAAAAGCACCCACAGCUGCUAACUUUAAUAGACAACAUUUUUCUCCACUUAGUUUGUUGACCCCAGGUUCAUCAGCAUCAAAUGAUUCCCCUGCACAGUCAGUAUCCUCUGGAGUUUGUGUACCUUCGUCUGCCCCAUCAUCAGUACAAUUAGGGUCAGAAAAGCCCAGCAACAUCUCUGAGGACAGGAAAGUUCCAGUUACUAUUGGGACUGAAUGUUCUGCACGUAUCAGGCAAACUGGAACUUCAGCUUCAUCUGUUAUUGGGAGUAAUUUGUCCACAUCAGUAGGGCAUAGUGGCAUCUGGUCUUUUGAAGGGAUUGGUGGCAAUCAACACAAAGUUGACUGGUGUAACCCUGGGAUGGAUAAUUUUAUGAUUCAUAGACCAAUGUCUGAUCCAGGAGUGUUUUCACAGCAUCAAGCAAUGGAGCAAGAGAGUAUAGGAAUUGUAACUCCUUCUGGUACAUUCCAUUAGCAUGUUCAUGCAGGAUACAUGUACUUUCCUAAAGUUGGGGGUAUGCCUUUUUCUUUGUAUGCAAUGAUUCCUUCAGUAGAACCUAUUCUUGAUGGUGCUGCAGGACCCAUAUUUAAUGGCCCUCAUGCUGCAGACCCCUCUUGGGACUCCCUAAUAAAGAUGGCUUCAAGCUCCACAGAAAAUAAUGGCCCUCAAACGGUAUGGACUGGACCCUGGGCACCUCAAAUGAACAAUGUGCAUAUGAACCAGCUUGGCUGAUGAAGAUCAGCUUGUUAGACUGCAGAUUUCUUUUCAUACAGAGGAAAUCACAAGUGGCCGGAAAACUGUUUUUAUGCUCCCAAAUCAUUCUACUGAUGUGCUUGACUGAAGUGUGUAGGCUUUUUGCAGAAGAACUUACUAACUGACCUAUUUUCUGUGAAUAUUUGUGACUUCCCAUUCCCCAUCAUCAUAUCUGUUUUACCUUAGUUAACAUUUUUCUUACCAUUUUUCUUUUUUGCUCUCUCUCUUCCCCUUUGGACAUAACUUUCUUGUUGAAGCUGUUCUUUGACUGGUUGGUAUUAGUACUGUAAACUGCUUCUGCGCAAACACGGAAAUUUAGCAAAAUUAUGUAAACUUGAUCCUGAAGUUUUAGAAUGGCAAAUAAAUGUACAAUUGUUUACAUAACAGAAAAAGCUAAGAAGAAAGUAAAUUUCAAUAUGUCAGUAUAAAGGCUCUAUUUUAUGUAGACUUAAAUUAAUGUGAGAUAUGUACCUUCAUAUUCAGAAAUCUGGAUG